AUGACCGAGGUCGCGGAGCCGGACGGGGGCUCCCCGGGUCCCCAGAGCCAGCCCGAGGGCUCGGCGCUUCAGGCGGAGAGACGGGGCGAGCCGGGGGCUUCCGGCCCUGAGGCGCAGAGGCAGGAGGCGAGAGAGGGCGCCGCGGAGGCGCCGAGGGGCGGGGGACCGGGCGCAGCCGCGACGGCCGAGGUGACGGAAGGAGAAGGGCCUGGGCCGGACGGAGGGCGCGCGGGCGAGGUGGCGCCGGACGCAGGCGGUGGCCCGGGGGCUGAGACGCGGGGCGCGAGCGGAGAGCAGGGCGAGGCCGAGGCGGAGAAGGGCUCCCGGGAGGGAGAGGAGCGGGCGAGCGGCGCGGAGCUGGCGGAGGAGGCGAGCCCGGGGUGCGGCGCGCAGGGCGAGGCCCCGGGGGAAGCCCCGGGGGAGGCUCAGGUGGAGCCUGGGGAUCCCGCGGCCCCCGGGGCGAAGGAAGAGGCGGAGAGCGGGCCGGAGGAGCCGGGAGGCAGCGCGCCUGGGCCGGCGGGGGCCCGCAUGGACGCCGACGGGCUGACGGGGGACAGCACGGCCGCCGAGGCGCCGGCGGGGGACAGCACGGUCACCGAGGGGCCGGCGGGGGACAGCACGGUCGCCGAGGGGCCAGCGGGGGACAGCACGGUCGCCGAGGGGCUGGCGGGGGACAGCAUGGUCCCCGAAGGACCGGCGGGGCUCCGCGUGGACGCCGAGGGGCCGACGGGGGUCAGCACUGUCGCCGAGGGGCCGGCGGGGGUCAGCACGGAUGUCGGGGGGCCGACGGGAGAGGCGCACAGGGCCCAGGGUGAGCCCCGGGAUGGAGGGGACAGCAGCCCGCAGACCCAGGCCGAGGCGACUGAGGCCGCAGCGUCGGAGAGCGCGGAGUGCAGCCCUGGGGAGCUUGCGGGGGAGCCUCCGGGUGCAGCGGCGGGGGCCGCGGAAGAGACAGGGGGCCGGGAGGGAGAGGAGUCGCAGGAAGCGGCCCCCGGGGGCGCGAGGGCAGAUGCUGGCGAGGACGAGGACCAGGGUGCGCCCCUGGGGCAGAGAGAGGAGGCAGAGGAGGAGAGGCGAGAGCGGGGUCCAGAGGGGCCAGGCGAGGAGGCCACAGCCGGGGGCGCGGACGAGCCCCUCGACGGCAGCGCGGAUGGGGAGGUGGCCCAGCCGACGGAGGCCCGGGAACCCGAGGCCGAGCUGAGCAACCACCUGGCGGAGGGGGACAGCACCGAGCGCGGAGACGAGACCGCGCCGGUGAACGGUGGCCAGGAGGACGGCGAGGUGUCCGAGGAGGGGGCCCCGGGACAGGAGCACGACAUCACCCUCUUCGUGAAGGCUGGUUGUGAUGGUGAGAGUAUUGGAAAUUGCCCAUUUUCUCAGCGUAUCUUUAUGAUUCUCUGGCUAAAGGGCGUUAUAUUUAAUGUGACAACGGUGGACUUGAAAAGGAAACCCGCGGACCUGCAGAACCUGGCUCCCGGCACCAACCCGCCUUUCAUGACUUUUGAUGGUGAGGUCAAGACGGACGUGAAUAAGAUCGAGGAGUUCCUAGAGGAGAAGUUAGCCCCCCCAAGGUACCCUAAGCUGGGGACCCAACACGCUGAAUCUAACUCUGCUGGAAAUGAUGUGUUUGCCAAGUUCUCAGCAUUUAUUAAAAACACCAAGAAGGAUGCAAACGAGAUUUACGAAAGGAACCUCUUAAAGGCCCUGAAGAAGCUGGAUAAUUACCUAAACAGUCCUCUGCCUGAUGAAAUAGAUGCCUACAGCACCGAGGAAGUUACUGUUUCUGGAAGGAAGUUCCUGGAUGGGGAUGAACUCACGCUGGCCGACUGUAACCUCUUACCCAAGCUCCACAUUAUUAAGAUCGUGGCCAAGAGAUACAGAGAUUUUGAAUUUCCUUCCGAAAUGACUGGCAUCUGGAGAUACUUGAACAACGCGUAUGCCAGGGAUGAGUUCACAAACACGUGUCCAGCCAACCAGGAGAUAGAACACGCAUAUUCGGAUGUUGCAAAAAGAAUGAAGUGA